CAGGCGCUCGAGGAGCGAGAGACACUCACACGGACCGGCGCGAGGAACACCGUCCGUUAGAGAGACACACCGAGAGAACCCAAAUAACCCCAAAACCGGGAGAACCGAACGAACCAAGAGAACCGAAAGAACGGGUUCGAUCCCGAAAACCUUAACGUUCCAGAACGAGCCCGUAUUUCUGAGUGUUUCCAACGCCGCCGUUCACGAGACGCGGAGCGGCUCCGUCCGGGACGUUUGAACCGCGAACCGUUAAAACAGUGAACCGUAAAACAGAAACUCACCCCGAGCCGACAUGGCGGAGACCACCACGACACCCGCCAAGGCCAAGCGGACCCCUAAGCCCAGGAAGCCCGCCUCUCAUCCCAAGUACUCGGAGAUGAUCCGGCAGGCCAUCGAGAGCGAGAAGGCCCGCGGGGGGUCCUCCCGCCAGAGCAUCCAGAAGUUCAUCAAGAAGAACUUCAGCGUGGGCGACAACUCGGACCUGCAGAUCAAGCUGGCCCUGAAGCGGAUGGAGACGGGCGGGUCGGUGCGCCACACCAGGGGGCUCGGCGCCUCCGGCUCCUUCAAGCUGGUCCGCGGCGACCAGGACCCGGCUAAGAGGGCGGCCAAGCCUAAACCCGUCCGAGUUAAGAAGUCCCCCGUCAAAGCCGCCAAGCCCAAGAAGCUGGCAAAGCCCAAGAAGGCCCCCAAGUCACCGGCCAAGCCCAAGAAGAGCCCCAAGUCCCCGGCCAAGAAGAUCAAGAAGAGCCCGAAGAAGGUCGCGGCGCCGGCGGCGAAGACCAGGAAAGUAGCGGUUAAGAAGGCGAAGCCCGCGAAAGCCGUGAAGCCGAAGCCCGCAAAGAAGACCUCCAAGCCCGCGAAGAAGAGUGCAAAGAAAACGACGAAGAAGAAGUAGAGAAGAGACUCAGACCCCCAACUGUACAUACUUUGAGAAAUGUUUUGUAUAUGUAUUAUUUUUGUAUGGUCUCCUCAGAAGUCCUGAUGUUUUACAGGUGGUAGACAGUGAGUCUUGUGGUGAUAAUGUCAUUUAAUUCUCAUGAUCUUUAAGGUCCUCCUUUGAGCUCUUAAAGUUAAAGUGGGCCAUGGAUGACUUAUCGAUUAGCACGGGGCAGUCGAUAGUGAUGGGGAGUUCAUAAGGCGUCCAGUUCACUGCUGCACUGUACAUUUCUGAUGUAUAAUAUGUGUGUCCAGUGGUCUAAUGACCGAUAUCAAGCCCUAUAAAAAACCAUCGUGUUGAAUUAGCUACUUCAAACAUUGUUUAUAAUGUAAUAAAUAACAUGUUAUCUUCUA